AUGGGAAAGCAAGAUUUCGACCCAAUUGACUAUUGCGGACCACUCGUCGUUGGUUUCAUCUUCUGCGUGGCUCUCUUCAUUAUUUCAUUCUUCAUCAUCAACUUCUUCUGCAUCACUAAAUAUGAUGAUAUCACCAAGUUCGAAUUGCUUGGAGGUCGCUUCAAUGUUCGUCUUGGACCACAUCCAUUGAUUGUCGUACGCAAGGGUGGAUUCGUUGCCAAAGAAGAAGUCGAUGCUUCUUUGGAGUGA